AUGCAUAAAGGAUAUCACUUCUCUGAGAGGCUUCUCCUACUCGCACUGGAUCGAAACUCCUCGUUUGUUCGCCUUCAAGAUUUGACUGAUGUUUUCUCUGCAGUUUCCAGUAAUCCUGUGGGCGAAGAAUUCAUGUUCAAUUUCCUUCUAGAAAGAUGGGAUGAAAUCCUCGAGAGCUUGCCAACGGAGCACAGAGCAGUGGAAAAAGUGAUCCAAGAUUGUGUCAAAGGGAUUCGAUCCGAGCAACAAAUAGAGCAGCUGCGAAAUCUACAAAAAACAGGUGCGCAUGCUCGGGAUUACGGUACAUUCGACGAAGAAAUUGAACGAGCUGAACAUAAAGUCGAAUGGAUCAAGAAACAUUUCCGAAAACUAUCGGAUUUCUUCAACAAAGCCAACACUUAG